AUGGUCAUUUUGUCGAAAGAGCAGCAGCAAGAAGCCGCCGAAACUGGACUUUGGCUUCCACAAUUGGAACGCGAUGCUUGUGGAGUCGGCUUCAUUUGCUCGAUCGAAGGAACCAAGUCGCACAAGAUUUUGGCUGAAUCGCGAACAAUGCUCGAGAGAAUGGCUCAUCGAGGAGCGUGCGGUUGUGACAAUGAUUCGGGUGAUGGUGCCGGUGUUUUGGCUGCAAUUCCAGACGCUUUUUAUCGUGCAGCAGUUAAAGAGUGAGUUUUGGUUUCGGAGAAAAGAAAAGACCGGAUAAAUAUUUUAUACGAGACAAGUGAAAAAAGUGUUCUUUGGUAUGAUAUCACAAUACUUUGAUCCCAAUAAUGUUUUCUAAAGAUAUAAAAAGUCACGUAGAUUGGGACUUCAGAACGUUGGUCAAAUAUCGCUGUCUCAAUUUCAAUCAUUUAACAAAAAUUUGAAAAUCAUGAUUUUUGAAAAAAGCUGAGUUCCCUACAUCAUAAACAUGAGUUUUUUAAAGAAAAAAUCUUUCUCCAAGUUAGGUUCAAAAGCAUAUUUCCAUAAAAUCAUUAUUUUUUCUUUCAGUAUGACCCCCGAGGGAAAAUUGUUCUAAUUAGUAUGGAUUUUUAGCUUUCAACUAUCCUAAUUUAGAAAAAAAAACAGUUCGAAAGUUUAUUCAGGAAUGUUCAAAAAUCAAAAUGUUUUUCAGGACUGAUGGAAUUGAUCUUCCACCAUUCGGACAAUACGCCACAGGAAUUUUAUUCCUCGAGGAAGAUUCCUACAAACAAGCCAAAGAAGCGUUUCAAGAUCUCGCAAGAUCCUGUAAUCUUCGGGUUUUCGCUUGGAGAAAACUUGGCACCAACCGUGAGUGUAUUGGUGAAGAAGCCAAGAAGACUGAACCGCUGAUUCGUCAAGUUUUCGUCACUGCCGAUUACGUUGAAAGCGAUCCAGCCAAAUUUGAGCGGAGUGUUUAUCUUUUGAGAAAGCAAACGGUUCAAAUGUUGAAACAAUCAUUGGAAUGUUAUGUUUGCUCAUUGAGCACAUCAACAAUUGUAUAUAAAGGACAAUUCAAUACUCAUCAAUUAUUCAAAUAUUACGAUGAUUUGACUAACCCAAAUUUUGAAACUCAUUUGGCAUUGGUUCACUCAAGAUUCUCUACUAACACCUUCCCAAGUUGGAAUCGUGCGCAACCCAACAGAAUUUUGGCUCACAAUGGUGAAAUCAACACACUUCGCGGAAAUAUCAAUUUGAUGCGUGCUCGUGAAGGUGUCAUGAAAAGCAAAUUCUAUCGAGAUGAUUUGCAAAAAUUGUUCCCAAUUGUUGAAGAGGUGAGUAGUAUUUUUGUUUUGGAGAAGAUGGAGAAGCGAAAAAAAAUUCACAAUCAUUAUUAUUAUUUUUUUUGAACGGAAGGAAGUCUAUUGAAAGAAGAAAAAAUAAUUAGCUGCGUGAAUAAUAUGAAUAACAGAGAAUAGUACACUUUUGGACAUUUGCCACGUCAUUUAUCAAUGUAGAAAACAUUUCCUGGUUUAGAUGAGCCAGAAGCUAGGAAAAUAGGAACUGAAAGGUCCAGGACCUCAAAAUACACACACAAAACCUAAUUUUGAUCAGAAUUGUAAAAUAAUGACGUUUUUUUUCCAGGGUUUGACUGAUUCCGGAUGCUUGGAUAAUGUGAUGGAAUUCCUCGUUCACGCUGGAAACAGAACACUUCCGGAAGCAGCCAUGACAAUGGUUCCAGAAGCUUGGGAAAAGGAUGAGGAUAUGACAUCAGAGAAGAAACAUUUCUAUCGAUGGGCCGCAAUGAGUAUGGAACCGUGGGAUGGACCAGGUAAAACAUUUUUUUCUUCAGACAUCACUUUUGAAAGUCUCAAAAUGUUAUUGUUCGAGAAAAGUGUGUUCGUGAAAAAUUGAAAAAGCGAAAUUCAUUUAAAAUUCCAUGAAACAAUAGAAUCAUCCCACUGACCAUAUAAUAAAAUAUUGCCGUUUUCCUCUCAAUUUUUCAUCUUAUUUUAGGAUAACAAUAUUCUUCGCCAAUUUAAUUUUCGUCUAAAAUAUGUGUAUUGUUGAUUCUAGAGACUUCUUUGUUCCUUCUAGAGAAUAAAUUGGGCUAGAAAAAUGAGAUGACGAGUGGGAGAAUAAUGUGAAAUUGGAGUGAUUUUUUUCUCUCAUGUUAAAUCGAGGACUAAGAGGAAGAUUGAAAUUUUAUAUGUUGUAAGCAAAUAGGCGUAGUGUUUCAAAUGUCAGAGGGCGAAAAACAAAAAUCAAAUGCAAAAUCUUUCAGCUUUGCUCGCCUUCUCGGAUGGACGUUACAUUGGAGCGAUUCUUGAUCGAAAUGGCCUCAGACCAGCCAGAUAUUAUUUGACCGACGACAAUCAUUUGUAUCUUUCGUCUGAAGUUGGUGUCAACGAUAUUCCGGAUGAGAGAAUUGUCAAAAAGGUAUGUACAGUUGAAAAACACAGGCAAAAUUAUUUAUCUCCAAAAAAGCACGAUUACACAAAAUGCAUCUCUCUCGAUUUAUUGAUGGAAUUUUUUUACACACACACACACACGCUCACAUACACACUUUGGUAG